AAACGACGUUGAACCGGAAGUGUAAGGACUUCCUGAAAAGCCACCUCGCUUUGGGAACGUGUUUACCCAAACGAAUUUAGUGCGCUUUAACUUUACCCAGAAAUGUCCAACUGUUCGAACGUUCUUUGUUGUAAAUGAUGCGUAUUGUGCCACAAGUUGGAGUAUUUUUUUCUUGGCUGCAAGCUAAGUUUAAAAACCGGACUUAAGUAAUUUAUAUUAUGCGUCAGUUAAACGAUAUACUUUUAAGUUAAUGCUACGGUUACAAUUCGAUGUAUGUUAACAGAUUCGUUGUUGUGUAUGUGCCAUUUUCACAGGAGCUGUUUUAAGUACAGUAGUGUAGUCAUGGCAGAUGCGUUCAGCAGCAGCUCGGAAAAUGUGAUCAAGCGUCAGGUUGACGUCCAAGAAACGAGGAAAACUCCUCAGGGGGAACUUGAUGACUUGUAUCAAAUUCAGAAAACCUGCGACUUUGUCUCUCAGAAUCACUUCAAGAAGGUUGCGCUGCAGUUUCCUGAUGAACUCCUGCACGAAUCGAGCGCAAUUGCAGCUGAGAUUGAAAGAAUUACUCAAGCGAAGGUGUUCAUUCUGGGAGACACCUCCUAUGGCAGUUGCUGUGUGGAUGAGGUGGCAGCAGAGCACGUUGGAGCCGACUGUAUGGUGCACUACGGCCGAGCCUGCCUGAGCCCUUCCAAACGCCUGCCCCUCAUGUACGUCUUUGAGAAAGCCAGCAUAGACGUGGACAAGUGCACCUCGGUCUUCAGAGAACUGCAUACCGACACACAGGCCCACAUCCUCAUCCUGUAUGAUGUCAGAUACACGCAUGCUAUUGAUAAUCUCGUGACACUGUUGUGUGAAGACUAUCCAAACGUUGUUUCUUCACAACUUGUGGUGGAAGGCGAGCAGUGUUACAGCCACGGCCGGCGCGAAAGAGAGCCUGACGCAGACCAGCCCAGCAUUCACUUUGGAAGGCAGUUUUCCUUGAAGAGCGGACUGAGCAUUGAGGAUUACAAUGUGUUCUACAUCGGCCAAGACGGCCCAACCUUGCGAAACUUCAUGAUGACGUGGAAUCGCUGCUGCUUCUCCUCCUUCGACCCCGUGACAUCUGCAGGGAGGCUCGAGUCGGCCGGCGUCAACCGCGCACUGAUGAAGCGCUUCUAUGCUAUCGAGAGGGCGAAGGAUGCCAACGUGGUGGGCAUCUUGGUGGGCACUCUCGGUGUGGCCAACUACCUGGCUAUCAUCCAGCAGCUGAAAGAGACAAUCCGCAGCGCCGGCAAGAAGAGUUACUUGUUCGCCAUGGGGAAGCUCAACGUGCCCAAGCUUGCCAACUUUCUGGAAAUUGACAUUUUUGUUCUGAUUUCGUGUCCGGAGAACUCUCUAUUGGACUCCAGUGAGUUCUACCGACCCGUGGUGACGCCGUUCGAGAUGGAAGUGGCCUGCAACAGGAAUAGGGAGUGGUCCGCAGAAUACGUCACUGACUUUCGACAUCUCCUGCCAGGUGGACACAGUUACGUACCUUUGGCAGCGGGGCAGGAGGACUCUGACGAGACGGAUGUAUCUUUAAUCACCGGGGCUCUGAGGAGCAACAAGCUGGACUGCAAUCACGCAAACUCCCAGUUUGGCUCUUCGCUUGUCCUGAGGAACCAGAUGAUGACUGUGGCCAACAGCAACUCUGCCGCAUCGUUUUUGGCGAAUCGGAGCUGGCGCGGCUUGGAGCAGAAGUUGGGGGAGACGCCCGUGGAGAAAGCUGUGGAGGGCAGGAGGGGCAUCGCUAUCGCCUAUGAAGAAGAAGGAGCUUAGUGGCAUUUCUUCGAAGUGGUUUAACUUAUCAGUGACUUUUAGGGGACAUAACGUGGGGAAAGUGACUCUAUCCUUGCCCAUUUGCAAGCAUCACUAGUCAUUCACUUUCUCCACAAAGGAAGCAGGAAAGAUGCCAGUGUUCCCAUUAGAAUGUCCUUCCAACCAGUCCUGGUUAACUGCAGUGGGGAGAGACAAAA